AGUAACCUGAUUAGUAUCGAAACAAUCUUGAUACCUCAAAAAAGUACCCAAGGGACGUUAAAGCGCUGUACACGAAAGACUAAGUACCUGCUAUGAUUUAAAAACUACACUCGGUAACCAGAAAACGCCCUGGUGUCAAAGCCGGAAUCUUGGCCACGGAAAACAACCUUCCAUGAACUCUUCGACACCGGCUGCCGCAAACACGAAAGGCGACCUCCCAAACCCAUUCCAAAGCCCUCCCCAUCGAGCCGUGCUUACUCUCUUUCACUGCUUGGCCAUUGUCUUCACUAUCGCCCGUUUGACGCGCCGAAUUCGCAUACGUCGAUUUUCAUGGGACGAUGCAUGUGCCGGCGUCUGCUUGCUUCUCAUCGUGAUAUAUAUGGCGGUAGCCUGGACCAAGUUGAAAAUGGAUAAUGAGGGGCAACCGGGUGAUCUCGAGACUUUCAGAAAGAGACUGGAGACGAUGUAUAAACUCAAUCUUGCGAUGUAUGCUGCGAUUGUAUGGAUUUCUCGAGUCUCUCUUUCUCUAUCGAUCGCUCGUAUUUUCCCCCCAGGCCGAAUCCGCUUGACCGCCAUUAUCCUAUCGAUUGUCUGUUUAGGGACAGGAAUUGUCCUCGUUAUGGGCAAGACAAUUGCCUGUAGAGCGCCGUUGUCGCGGCCUUCUCCCGCAGACGGUAAACCACGAAUUGCUUGCACGAAAGCUAUAAAGACUUUCUUUAUUGUUCAGACUGUUGGCGACAUCUUGUCGUCUGUCGCCCUCGUCAUAUUCCCCAUCCGAGCACUCAUCCCGAACACUUCCGAGCUCCACCCCUCAGAAAGACGGCUGGUUCUAGUGCUUCUCAUGAGUACGACGGUGGCACUGGCAAUGUGUCUUGCUACUGCAGUAUUUAUCUCGAAAUCGGAUUUGUUUCGAUUGACGUUGUUUUUGGAUUUGGAGGAAAGCAUCGGUAUCCCUCAUGGUCUGCAACUUCCUCGUCGUCAUAACCAGGGAGCUGAAGAAGAAGAGACGGAAGAUAGUCAUGAUCAUGGCGUUGAUUACAACACAGGCGAAGAUCCGCUUUCGAUACCAACUUCCAGAGGUCUCCGGAGCGGUAAUGCCACCAAUAACAUUGACACGGUGAUCAGUUCGGGUCGUACGAAUACUACCACGACAUCGAGGUUUUCGACGGUGUCAGCGCUGACGGACAUUGCUGAUAUUUCGUUCGGGUCGAUGGAGCUCGUUGGUCGGAGAUCGGAACUUGAUUCUCAUUCGAACCAUUGACAGUCUAGACGUGUGAUAAACUAAUUUGUUUAUCCUUGUAACGGAC